UCAAGUGCUAGUGUUUGUACAAUAUAAGUGACAGCAACUGUUGAGAUGUAUCAAAUUGAAUAAACAUGCGGUUAGCGGUGGUUUUAGGUUUGACAGCGUUGGCUCUCGGCACCGGCAGCAAUGCUGCCCACACAAAGUAGUCGAGAAAGUUCCUCGAAGGUUUCGUAUUUGGUACGGCCACCGCUUCCUACCAGAUAGAGGGCGCGUGGAACGAAGAUGGUAAAAGCGAAAACAUCUGGGAUCACAUGACCCACAACAGACCUCAUGUAAUCGUGGACCAGAGCAAUGGCGAUGUAGCUGCAGACACCUAUCACAACUACAAGCGAGACGUCGAGAUGAUGCGAGAGCUGGGACUAGACGCGUAUCGCUUCUCCCUAUCAUGGUCCAGGCUCCUGCCUUCAGCCUUCACCAACCAAAUCAAUCAAGCCGCCGUCGACUUUUACAACAACUACAUCAAUGAGAUGCUCAAAUACAAUAUUCAACCCAUGGUCACGUUAUACCACUGGGACUUGCCUCAAAGUUUGCAAGAUCUAGGAGGUUUUGCCAACCCUCUCAUAACUGAAUGGUUUGAAGAUUACGCUAGAUUGGCUUACGAAUUAUUCGGUGACAGAGUUAAAGAUUGGAUCACGUUUAACGAGCCUAAAGAAGUAUGUUACCAAGGCUACGGCGCUACCACCAUGGCCCCGCAGCUGAACGCGGCUGGUGUAGGAGACUACCUGUGCGCGAAGCACUUGCUGAUAGCUCAUGCGAAGGCGUACCACGCGUAUAACAACGACUUUAGGCCCAGCCAGGGUGGGCUGUGCGGCAUCACCGUCGCUAUUAGUUCAUUUGAGCCUCUGACGGAUUCUGAUCAGGAUGAGGCAGCCGCUGAAAUGAACAGACAGGCCCAGUGGGGGAUAUACACGGAACCCAUUUUCUCUGAACAAGGAGGGUUCCCUAAAGAGUUUUCCGAACAAGUCGCUGCCAAGAGCAAGGCACAAGGUUACCCUAGGUCUCGACUGCCAGAAUUCACUGAAGAAGAGAGGGCAUACGUCAAAGGAACUGCAGAUUUCCUGGGGAUUAACCACUAUUCGUCUCUUUUAAUAUCAGCUACGGAUCAUAAAUUUGAAUCUCCGGUGCCUAGCAUGUACGACGAUAUUGAUACUGGAUCAUUUGUACCUGAUGAUUGGCCAACUAGUGCUUCAUCGUGGUUGAUGCAAGCCCCGAAGAGUAUGUACAACGUCCUAACCCACCUGCACAAACGGUACAACGGGGUAGCCAUAUACGUGACGGAGAACGGCUGGUCGACGCCCGAAGGCCUGCAAGACGACGACCGAGUGCGGUACUACCGCGCUAUGCUGGAAGAUGUGCUAGAUGCUCUGGACGAAGGAGUGCGCGUUGAGAAAUACAUGGCCUGGAGCCUGAUGGACAACUUUGAGUGGAUGCGAGGAUACACAGAGCGUUUCGGGUUAUACGAAGUGGACUUCUCGUCGCCCGCGCGCACGCGCACACCUCGCAAGUCGGCGCUCGUGUACAAACACAUCGUGGCCACCAGGACGAUCGACCACAACUACGAACCGCCCUCAAUGGACAUCGCUAUUGAUGAAGGACAUUAAAGAUUGUUGA